AUGUUGGAUGCACGGGAGAGUGAUGAGGAUACAUCUCCUUUCUUAGUUCGACUAUUCCAUAGAACUGGCAGCUUUCACAGGCCAGAGGAAUUUGCAUCGCCAUCUCUGCCUCCUCAUGUCCCCAUAUACACAUGGUCAACAUGCACACUUCAUGAGCUGGCACUAGAGCUGGCGGCAGCGAAACCAAGUGCACUGCCUACUCCUGCUAUUGGCACGAGACUCUCUUUCCAGCUCGUCUGCCCAGAUCUACGCGGCACGAGUGUCAAUAAUACUGGACAGCCCAAGUUUGCCGUCAAGGAGCUGGGGAGCAUUGUCAUUGGCGAAGGCUACCCUGGCACGGAGAACACAGAUGAAACUGACCCCGAUGUCUCAAUGAGGGACGAUGGUGGAAAAGACAAAACACUGGCCGACUGGAGAUUCGUCGUUGGGGAUUACGUCUCAUGCGCGGUGCUUCCUCCCUUGUCAGACGGUUCUGUGGCGCCACCAGCAAACACCAGGAGAGGCUCUAUAUCUAGCGGGCGAGAGGGUCGUACUAGUAGCUUCAGGGGAGGCUUCCCAGGCCGAGACAGCAACUUUGGCCGCAACCAUGGCCGCCAGGGUAGGACGACUAGUUGGAGAGACAACAGAUUCCCGUCAGGUGACUGGAGGAGAGGAGAGCAGCUGCCAGAUGGGCCGCCUGGGGGUUCACGAGGCAGAGGGCGCUGGUAUUAA